GACCCCUCGUUGUUCGGUGACGUCACCGCGCAUAACGCGCGCGUGUUGACGACAUCUGACGUGUCUCCGUCAACACAACAAUGGCGGAUGCCGUGGAGGAAGCUCUUCGGGGCAGCUGGGACCAGGAUCUCAUUGACGCUCUUGACUCUGGUGGCUCAGACAUGGAGAUGGAGAGGGGCACCAUCCAGGUCCAGGAGCAGUCAGCUGAACACAGGGCCAAGAUGUGGAAGAUUGCUCUCAAUGUCUCCGGAAAAGGCGACAGCCUGGCUUCCUGGGACGGUGUCCUCGAUUUACCAGAACAGAAGCUCAUUCAUAACCGGAGUCAGCAGCUGAUCGACCAGCUGGCAGUGUCAGAGGAAGAGAGGAGUGAAAUGGUGUCCGACGUUGAGUCAGUCAUCACUUUCUACUGCAAGUCGCGUAACAUCACUUUCACCCCUGAGCUCAGCUGGCCGCACCUGCUCAAACCGCUGCUGGGGCUUCAUCUACCCCGGAGCGACCUCUACAACUGCUUCUAUGCUAUCAUGAACAAAUACAUCCCUCGGGACUGUGUGCCCAAAGGCCGACCCUUCCACCUGUACAGACUACUGCUGCAGUAUCACGAGCCAGAGCUAUGCUCGUUCUUGGACACCAAAAAGAUCACACCAGACUCCUAUGCCAUCAACUGGCUGGGUAGUCUGUUUUCAAGCCACUGCCUUCCUGAAGUUACCCAGACAUUGUGGGACUCGUACCUCCAGCAGGCGGACCCUUUUCUCAUCUUCUUUCUCAUGCUUAUCAUCCUCGUCAAUGCCAAAGAGACCAUUCUUACACAAGAGGGAGAAAGCAAAGAGGACAUUAUCAAAAUGCUGGAAGCGUCUCCUUCUCUCCUGGAGUCCGAGGACAUUGAAGACUUGUUUUCACUGGCCCAGUAUUACCAGAGCAAAACCCCUCUGUCGCUCAGAAAGAUGAAUCAGAAUCUGUUUGGUAGCAGUCUGGUGGCUCUCAAAGAGGAGGACACUGACCUCAGUCAGGCGUUGUGCCUCCCUGUGUCUGUCCCUGAAAUCCUGCAGGCAAACCAGCUGCAGCAGGAUGGGGUACGUUUCUUCGUGGUGGAUUGCCGGCCUGCAGAGCAGUACAAUGCUGGCCAUCUGUCCACAGCCUUCCACCUGGACUCAGACCUGAUGCUCCAGAACCCAUCUGAGUUUGCACUCUCUGUGAAGUCCCUCCUGGAGACACAGAAGCAGUCUUUAGAGUCGGGUUCCAUCGCCAGCGGAGAGCACCUGUGCUUCAUGGGCAGCGGGAGAGAAGAGGAAGACAUGUACAUGAACAUGGUGUUGGCACAUUUCCUGCAGAAAAACAAAGAGUAUGUCAGCAUCGCAAAAGGAGGUUUUAUGGCUCUUCAGCAGCACCUGGUAGACAUGAACGUCGAGGGGCUUGACUCCUCGUACGUCCACUGGAUCGUCAGCACAUCUGGAUCUCACAGCAGCCUCAGCUCAGCUGAUGGAGAGUCUCUGAGCGGCCCUGGAGACAGCAAAGGUGUGAAGUCCCUGGUCAACAAGAUGACAUUUGCUCUCAAGUCCAAGUCGGUCAAUGUUAAGGAGAAGAUGAUCAGCUUCAUUGAGAAUACCUCUGCCCCCGUCGACAGAAUAUCUUUCAAUCUACCCUGGCCAGAGAAGGUGAUUCCAGAUCGGCAUGUGAGCAGCAGCGACCGCGUCGGCAAACCUUACCGGGGAGUGAAGCCUGUGUUCAGUAUUGCUGAUGAAGAAGAGUACGAUACAGAUGAGAUAGACAGUUCCUCCAUAUCUGAUGAUGACCGGAAGGAGAUUGUCAACAUUCAGACCUGGAUAAACAAACCUGAUGUAAAACAUCAUAUUCCAUGUAACGAGGUGAAAGAAACGGGUCACAUGUUCCCCAGUCACUUGUUGAUCACAGCCACUCACAUGUACUGCCUGAGGGAGAUCGCCACAAGGAAGGGCUUUGCUUACAUCCAGUCCAGACAAGCGCUGAACUCAGUGGUGAAGAUCACAUCCAAAAAGAAGCACCCAGAGCUGAUCACGUUCAAGUUUGGAACCAACAAUUCAGCUGGAGUGGAGAUUUCAGCGGUUGAGAGAUAUUUGAUUCCCAAUGCGGGCGAUGCCACGAAGGUCAUCAAGCAGCAGAUCAUGAAAGUCCUGGAUGCCCUGGAGAGCUCAUAAAUGGUGGUGGUGAGCUCGUUUUGGGAGAUUAAUACAAACUGUAGGAAGAGGCUCCGCCGGUGAAACCUACUCUCCCUCCUGGACAGAUCCCAGUGCAGUGUUGACUGUGAAGCCCCGUGUGUCUGUCUUUGGGACGUGGGCACACUGCUGACUGCAGACCUGUGAGCCAGGCUGCGAGUGUUGAAAUAUUUAGGUGCUCCGCUGUCAUCCAACCAUUAUAUUAUACUUAUUUAAAAA